UGGUAUUAUCAGGAAACGAUUUUAUUUUUACUCAACUAUUUCAAUGGCAUAAUGUUGGCUUUCUCGUUUCCCAUUCAGCCAUUGUUUGCAUCAAAGAUAUUUAUGCCACAUCGUGCAAGAUUUCCAUUUGACAUAAGCGACACAACUUCAUUUAAAUUCAUGGGUGCCUAUGUGUUUCAGACCAUCAUCUUUGUAUAUCUCAUUCAAGGCAUUACAUUUGUCGACAAUAUCGGUGUGUGUACGUUAAAUGAGAGUAUGCUACAUGUGAAAGUUGUUGCCCAUAAAUUCUCGCAAUUGCGACGUAUUUCCGACGGUGACAAAAAACAAGGUGUAAACAAACCAAACACAGCCAUCGAAUACGACCAAUUAAUAGCAUGCGUCAAAGAACAUCAAGAUAUAUAUGAAUUAACCGAGCAGCUGAACUCAAUGCACCGGCCAAUGUUCAUUGUGCAACUCAUGAGUAGUACGUUAAUCAUUUGCCUGACCGCAUUCAUAGCCACAACAUCAGUUACAAAGGAUAUCACGAUAUUUGUCAAAUACUCAACCGAAAUGAUUGCGGCAUUCGUACAGCUGGGCUAUUGGUGUUGGGCUGGAAACAAAGUGUUUGCAGAGUCACCUGAUGUAGCCGAAGCGAUGUACUUUUGUGAUUGGUAUAAAAUGAAUAUGAAAUUUAAAAUAGCCACAUUACAUAUUAUACGUCGCGCACAAAAACCAAUUCGAUAUCAUGCUGGAGCUUUGUUUCGGAUUGAUUUUAUUACAUUCAUUACGGUGAUGCACAAUUUAUUUGAAUAA